CGGCUCGGAGACGACAUGGCGGACAGCGCGAGCGAGAGCGACACGGACGGCGGUGGAGGAGGAGGAGGCGGCGGUGUAGGAGGAGGUGGUGGUGGUAUUGGAGGAGGUGGAGGAGCAGGCGGUGGAGUAGGAGGUGGUGGUGGUGGAGGAGGAGGAGGGAAAGGCGCCCUCCUCCAGCGCCUCGAGGAGCUCGGCAACCGCAUCGCGUCCCUGCAGCAGGAGAACAAGGUGCUGAAGAUCGAGCUGGAGACGUACAAGCUCAAGUGCAAGGCGCUGCAGGAGGAGAACAAGGAGCUGCGCAGGGCCAGCGUGACCAUCCAAGCGCGUGCCGAGCAGGAGGAGGAGUUCAUCAGCAAUACGCUCUUCAAGAAGAUCCAGGCGCUCAAGAAGGAGAAGGAGACGCUGGCCAUGAACUACGAGCAGGAGGAGGAGUUCCUGACCAACGAGCUCUCGCGCAAACUCAUGCAGCUGAGGCAGGAGAAGGCCGAGCUGGAGCAGACCCUGGAGCAGGAGCAGGAGUUCCAGAUCAACAAGCUGAUGAAGAAGAUCCGCAAGCUGGAGAGCGAGACACUCACCAAGCAGCAGACCCUGGAGCAGUUGCGGCGUGAGAAGAUCGAUCUGGAGAACACAUUGGAGCAGGAGCAGGAGGCCCUGGUGAACCGGCUGUGGAAGCGCAUGGAUCGCCUGGAGGCUGAGAAGCGGAUCCUGCAGGAGAAGCUGGAGCAGCCCGUGUCGGCUCCGCCGUCUCCGCAGGAGGUCUCCAUGGAGACGUCAGAGACCCCCGAGAACCUGAUGCGCCACAUCCGCUUCCUGCGGCACGAGGUGGACCGCCUCAAGAAACAGCUGAGGGCCAACCAGGUGCAACACUCGGAGAAGAUGGCGCAGUACCUGGAGGAAGAGCGCCACAUGCGGGAGGAAAACCUGCGGCUCCAGCGCAAGCUGCAGCGCGAGAUGGAACGGCGCGAGGCGCUGUGCCGGCAGCUCUCCGAGAGCGAGUCCAGCCUGGAGAUGGACGACGAGAGACACUUCAACGAGCUGGCCUCGCAGGGCAUCCGCCCCCGUACCGUGAGCAGCCCUGUGCCCUACGCGUCGUCGCCGAGCCACAGCCGGCCCAUCUCUCCUGCAGGCAUCUCGCUAUGCAGCCACCCGGCCGGCUUUACUCCGCCCUCCACGCUCAGCCGCUCUACGCCGCCUGCCCACCACCUCCCGCCCGGCCUGCAUGGCCCCACGGGCCAGGGCAUGCCUCGCCCGUCUCCGAAACGCGGGAGCAGCCCCGACCGCUUCAAGCGCCCGACUCCGCCGCCAUCGCCCAACACCUCGAGCAGCAGCAGCCAGGCGCCGCCACCCCCGCCGCCCCAGCAGUGAAGCCGCCCCCAGCGAGCUGCACGGCCCUUCCUCCGGCCACCGCAACCACAACUCCCACCGCUCCCAUCGCUCUCACCGCUGCCGCUCCCAAAACGCCGAUUUCCGGAAUGGAGUGGCUUCACCAGCGGCUGCGGUGCCGCCACGCUUUGGUUCGGAGUUGCCAGGUUGCGUGCGGUGGGUUAGCGAUCGAUCUUUCACCGUUAUCCUUUUGCGUUCUUUAUUUUUUUGUCGCCGUUGUCCGCGUGUGAUUUUCUUUGGCCGCUCUCGAGCCGUAGCUGUUUAGUUUUGGGGCUGGCGAAGUCUCGUGGCAGCGUCCGCGUAGAUUAUAGCGGCUCGCACCGGUCAGCACCACCGCUCCUGCUUGUAGCGCUAGCGGGUUCCUUCUAGGCAAGCAAGGAUGCGGCCUAGUGCCGCCCCCAGUAUCGCUCGGCCCGGCUGGAGCCUGACUCUCGAGGCCUCUAGGCCUUGCUUCAGGCGUUCCCCAACACGUCCCGUCAACCGUCCUAUUUGCUGCUUGCACUGUGACACGUGUGGCUUGAUUUUGUUUUCAUUUUCUCUUUUGGCUGUCUAAUAAGCAUGUCUAACAUAAUCAUUUUUGUACAUGGUUUUUUGUUUUAACAGACGUGAUAGUCCGUCGGUGAAACAUUAGGUGGCGUGGUUUGUGAGCAGCGUUGUGCGUGUUAUCUCUUCAUCUCAGCGUGAUUCGUGUAAUUCCGUUUGACCUGUUGAACGUAAAUGUGAUCGUGUUAAGCAGCGAAAAACUAAAAUUCAAUGCUUUGCCUAAUCAGUGGAGUGAGUCGUUGAAUGUACACUAUCUGAGCACUAACUGUCAGACUAGGAAAACCCGCAAAGGGACAGUAUGAAGAAAACACGCUCGAGGUUUAAACUUCCCGUAGAGAGAGAAUCAUUAUUUUUGGAAACCCAGUGCUUCUGUGUACUGCAUGCCAACCAUACAAAGGAGUUGGGCAAGAACCCCUUGAGAUGCGACCUCUUGCAAGCGAGACCUGAGAAACCCAACUCGCUCUUUUCCAUGAUGCUAUAUUCGUAGGUAAUUUUUUAAGCGCGGUAAUCGGGCUGCGGCGCACAAUGAUCAACAAUUUGCGGACGAUGUCACAGGGUCUCUCUUGCACACUUUACGGCAGACGGCGCACUUUGGGAAUGUUAAUCCCCCACCGCGCUGUGUGGAUGCGUGAACCGGCGAUGCCACUGCAACCGUCCCCAGUGGCGAAGUACGCCCACCGCUAAGCCACCCAGCGGAUGCCAAAAAUCCUUCCCCCUCUAUCCCGGUUAAACUCUUUAGUGUGUCCGGGAUUGUGAGCAACCGCUGUGGACAAAGGGGAUGGUCUGCCCAUUUCACUUUCCUUUUUUGUCGAAGAAACGUCCACCUUCGCCGCACUCGGGGGACACAGAAAAUCUGGCAGUCGUUCGCACUACAAUUGACCUUGCUAGGAUCAGCGGGGGUGACCCAGUGACAAAAAUUGGGCAUGCGGGGGUAGGGAGGGGGGUCACUGGAACUUGUAACUGGCGCCAAAUAAAUUGGGGUGUGGAAAAUCCUCAAGUCAUCGCCGUGGCCCCCCAAAUAAACGAGUGGAGCGUGUUUGUGUUUACGAGCGGCCAUCUGGAACGCUUGUUAGGUGACUUGCGCAGAGGUGGCCGCUUCGUAGCAGCUGUGGGAAGGGACCUGGCUUGAAAGUAGAGCUUCUAAAAAUCUCGAGGCCUGCCUGCGUCCGAUAUUUUCACGAAGCGCGUGUUCCGGACAGCUCGUGUUCGCUUGUUUACACUGCUGCUGCCGUUAUUGUUUACAGAAAAAUAACGUGGUUUGGUAUUUUGGAAGUGAUGGCCGUUUUUUUUUCCCCGUCUUUCCCCGAAUGAAAAGUAAUGACCCGACACACUGGCCAAUGGUUUAACAGAAGACAGCUCGUCAAAUGAGAAUAAUCUUUAAGUUCGAGUCUAGCUGUCGCGAAAGCGGCAACAAUUUCGUGGUGGACGGCUUAGAGGUUUCUUUUGUGUGUGCUCGUGAUUCUGAAAAACGUUUUCUCCCAAGUAUUAUUACUUGUUAAUUCUUUAGUAUUAGUACGAAGCAGAGCAUUCUCGCAUAACGGUGUUUUUUUAACGACAGAAAUAAAUAUACAAUAGCAAACGGAAACCAUGAUUUUUCCCUAAGAGUGCAAACGGCCUUUUGUUCAGCUGCAGCAAAUGUCGGACGCAGGUGUGACAAAAUAGAUUUGUCUCGUCUUUUGCGAAUGAAUGUUGUGAUUAAAGCCUUGCACCUAGUUUCCACGAUGUCCUGACGCUUUGGUGAAGCCAGUGUUGGUGUCGCGAGCCAUCAUUCCCACGCGGCUCUCGGGACGUGCCUCGCCAAUGUUGCAUAAGCCGCCGCGAGUCGAGUCUUUUAUUUUGAACGGGGGAAAAACAAAAUCGCGGAGCGCGUUACGGGAACCCCCCGGCUUCCAGUGUAUGACGCGUCGUUACCCGCGGGCCACGGCAAUGGCACAAAGACGGCGGUGGUUGCGUGCGUGCAUUGCCACACGCGGCACGCAUCGCGGUGCAAGCUUUGCUCUGCCCCUCGGGCGUACGGAAGUCUCCCCCAUGACCGCGGGCUGCAGAGCACCUAGCUUGAAUCGGGCCGCGCGUCAUCUGCACCGGUACGUCUUGCUUGGACACCGGGAGACCGGGUUUCUUUGCUUUCAACCCCCGGAGGCGCGGGUUGGCGGCGAUAGUGAGUGAGCCUCAAUCCGUCGGGAACGCCUCGUUCCGCCCAGACGGCGGCUCGUGUUACUUCCUCCGCUAACGACGUCCCGUGUGCACGCGCGCUCGCCCAAGACCUCGUCUGCCACGCUCACUUCAUCGCUUUCGUCUCCCGUUUUUUAGCUUUGCGCUUGUUUACGCUGUUGCCCAAGCCUGCUGUAGCAGCAUGCGGGGUCGUGUGUUGGUGGGCCAGCGGGGAGGAGGACGCGUAUUUCCCGUUGUUUCUGUCACAGCUCCUGUCGAUGAGGUUGAAGGAGAAGGCAGUUGUAAAGAGAGCGAAAAUAGAUCAUUAAAGUUGGUUUAUAUCGGAGGCAAGGGGCCUUUAAUCCUGCUGUUACGUUGAUUUUUGACAAAGUAUGGGAAAUCUGGCCGAAAUGUUUUGGCAACUUUGGCUCAGUUAUGUGAAGUCUGGAUAGGAGCUGCCUUUGUGCUAAAAAAAUGAUUGGAUGAAACAGCGCAAUGUGGCAUCAAGAUUUACUUUAAUCCAUUUGCCCUUGUUUGAAAAAUAGUCGAGUUAAUUUAGUGUGUGCGGGUUAAUCUCAUGAGCCUGAAUAAAAAAAAUCGUCAAAAUAUUUGUAUUUUAUUUAGAUGUAUUGUGUUUGGCUUUUUUGUGGUUAAGCGUGAAAUAAGGUGGCAUGUUGCCUCUGUAGAUCAAGUCCUUGGCAAGUCGAGCUUAUAACGAACGGUGGAGUCCGAGUGACUAGCAGAGUCUCCGGGAGGAAGUCGCUGGCUGUGUGGGCCAUACAGUUGGUAUAAUAAGAGUGAUUGAGUGUUUGGUAUUGGCGCUUUCAGUCUUAUAGCGCAGGGCUUUUACAGAGGAAGGUGCUGUGUUUCACAGGCACAGUCUGAAGAAGUUUCAUAGCCGGGGAUCAUACGUAAUCCCAAAUGAGUAAUUUCCAGUGUCACUUUCUCUACGUCCAUGCCACCGUCCACUGGGUCACUUUGUUAACCUUAACGAUCAAUCGUUAGGGUCGUUGAACGUGAUGCAGAGAGUGUUUUGUGCCCACCUGUGCCACCUUACUCCCCCUGCCCCACUACCCAUGAUCCUCGCUGAUUUGUCUGCAUCUCAGAGCGAUCUGCAGGCAAGAGUCUUAGUCGCCAGCCAAAAUUAAAAAUAAUUAAUUUUAUGCACAUUAGAGCCUCCAGACAUGCAACACACUAUGUAACAUUGAUUUAUUGCUUUUUCUUCGAUCGUGGCGUUCUUAUUCUAGUCGUUUUCUUCUUCACAUAAAUAUAGCCGACGUGUUAAAUACAGCAUACUUCGCGAUUUACUGUACAACUGAUAAUCCCGAAUGGCACCCAAAGCGGUUGCUUCGGCGUUGUAAAAUAUGAGACUGAAAUCCCCAGCGCCGACUACCACGUUUUACACCUCUCGCAGUCGAGCACGACAUAGGGGAGCUGUUUCCACACAGCCUCGAAAACGGAGCUGGUACCCUGGGCCAGACUCCAUAUGAGACCGCUUCAGUAGGCCCUGCUGCGGCAGGGCCUCAAGCAGCAGGACAACCGAACCAAGCCAGGCUGCCUUGGUGGACAGCAGAGGCCAAUCUUGAGAAGGGGGGCCUACCUUUGGGGGGGGUGACCCUCUUCCAAAUUUCAUCCUUAAAAUGGACAUAAGUGCAUGGGGUUGGGGGCUCUCUUAGAGGGCAUCCCAGUGCAGGGCAGGUGGCUGUCGCACACGAAGAUGAGCAUCAACCUCCUGGAGCUGCGGCCCUUCGUCAUUCCCACCCUCGCAUUCGGCAGAAAGGGAUUCUCAUGCGCUGUGACAACUCAACCGCAAUGGCGAUUGUGAACCGCCGGGAUUCGCCCCCCAGCCCUCCGGUAUAAUUCUCUUAAUCAUGGGAGGCUUGGCAACUCCUGUGUUGGGUGGAGAGGCACCAUGGACCUGUCACCUUGCCGGGACACAGAAUGUGGUGGCAGACGCGCUAAGCCAAUGGUGGCUCCAUCUGGCAGAAUGGACGUUGCAUCCAGAGGGGUCCGACGGUUUGGUUCGUUUGUCAUAGACCUCUUUGUGUCGUAGACAAACCAUUCUGCAAGCAAUUCCUGUUCCCCGCUGCAGUUGCUACUGAUGCUAUCACGGUACCCUGGACCGGAGAAGGUCUCUAAGCCUUUCCUCCGUGGUCCCUCAUUCCGAAGGCCGUGGCCAAGAUAAGGAGGGAAACGGGGCAUCUGUGCUGAUAAUCGCCCUGCAUUGGACCAGACAGCACUUGAACUAAGAAGAGGCCCUCCGUGACUCCUCUCAGAUCGGGACAAUCUGCUUCUGCACGGUGAGGUUUGUUGCCCAAAACGUUUGGCGUUUUCAACUGACUGCCUGGACGUUCAAAGGAUAAGAUUUACCUGGGAGGGUAUCUCCAACACUCCCUACUGACAGCAAGGAGAGCCAGCCUCCACAGGCAAGGUUUAUAUCAAGCCAUUGGAGCUCCGUUUCUUGUUAGUGUGUUAGAGCUGGGCAGGACUCACUUUCACGCGGGAUCCCAGCCAUUGCCAGUCAAUUGCAGGUGGGAGUUUGAGGACAGCAGGUCAGCUGCAUCUGUUGAAGUGCGACUUUUGGCAGUCAUGUGCGCGGCGUACCAGUGGGUUUGCACUGUUGCGGUCUAGGCUCCCGAGGGCUAUGGCUCUGGAGACGCCUAGGCGACCAGCUUUGGUGGCCCCUUGGGAUCUCAGGCUUGUGUUGGACGCCCUUGUGCGCUCGCCAUUUGAGCCAAUGACCACGCCGUCUGAACGAUGAUUCCUCUUUACAUUAGCUAUUUUCCUUGUGGCCAUUGCCUCUGCCAGAAGGGUGAGCGAGUUAUAUGCUUUGUUGGACUAUCUCCCCCUAUGUGGAUUUCCAGGCUGCCGACUAGGUCAUUCUGAGUUGACACCACCAAGGUGGUGUCAAUUUUUAAUCUGCAGCAGGAGCUACGCUUGCCAAUUUUGUGCCCGGCUCCCUUUGAACCGGACAGGCAGAGAGGUCUUCACACGUUGGACAUGGCAAGGGCCCUAUAAUUGUCCAUACAAAUGUAAUAAACGACUUCCAAGACGA